AGCGCGAGUGAAGAGGAGCAGCGCUGAACAAGACGCUUUAAGUGGGAUCGUGGAUUUAAGCCGAUUUUCACAUUUUUGGGGAAUUCGUGGCGUUUAUUUUACCCCAAUCUCUAUCAAACGUAACACAGACAAGUUAAUGCACGAGGUGGAUCCCAUUCAUAUUCACAACGGUCUUUUCACUUUCCAGCGAGCAUGAGAACUUGUCCGUGGAAGUGUGUUGUUCUAUUGUUGGCUGCAUUUUUUACCCUAAGCGCUUUAAUCUAUGGACGCUAUGACUUGGAUUUCAUAUACAGCGACGGGCGCGUCAUCCAGCAAAGACUACUCACAGUGACUGAUAGCAGCUUACCCCUCUAUAAGGAGAGUGGGGAGGCCACCACAGCACCCCCAGAGGAUGAGCAGCAGGUGAUGCCGUGCUCCUUGAGGCAGACGGUCCAGCAAGAUCCCCUCCUCCAGCAGCGCUUUAACUUCUCCGUGCCCGUCCUGCAGUGGGCAGGGCACUCCAGCGUCGGCGAAUGGCAGCGUCUGCAGCUGUACCCUCCCCCAUACGGCUGGAAGGGCCUGCCCUGGGACGUGGUGAACUCCACUCUGGCCCUACUCAGUGACCCGCAGAGCAGCAGCCGGCUGUUGGAGCAUGUGGGUCCGAGGCCGUGCGUGCGCUGCGCGGUGGUUGGGAAUGGCGGAAUCCUGAGAGGCUCUGGGCAGGGCGGGGCCAUCGACGCCCACCACUAUGUCUUCAGGGUGAACGGUGCCGUGACCAAGGGCUUUGAGGAGGACGUGGGGACAAAGACCUCCUUCUACGGCUUUACCACCAACACCAUGAAGAACUCGCUCAUCUCAUACCGGGCGGCGGGGUUUCUCAGGGUCCCCCAAGGCCAGGGCAUUCACUACAUCUUCAUCCCCUCUGACAUGCGGGAUUACCGGAUGCUGGCCGCGGCGAUCAGGGGAGCCCCGGUGACCUCAGGGGAGGACAGAGGCGACCUACCAUCUACAUAUUUUGGACAGAAUCCCUCAGUCCACCAGUUUAAGUUGCUCCACCCAGACUUCAUCACAUAUGUGAAGGACAGGUUCCUGAAGUCGCCACUCUUGCGGAUGAUGUAUGGUCACCUGUAUAUGCCCAGCACAGGUGCACUGAUGCUUAUGACUGCCCUGCACACCUGUGACCAGGUGUCAGCUUAUGGCUUCAUCACAGACAACUACAAGGACUUCUCAGACCACUACUUCGACAUGGUGAAGAAGCCCCUGGUUUUCUACGCCAACCAUGACAUGCAGAUGGAGUCACGCUUGUGGGAGCAGCUGCACACCCGGAAGGUUCUGUGGCUGUUCAAGAGGCCCUCGGAGGAGUGAGGCAUGCAGGGAGUGCAGGACCCUCGGGGGCUGGGAGACAUUGACAACCAGCCCGCUCUGAGCCAGCUAAUUUAAGAGAACCUCCCCUGUACUUGCGCCACGUGGAGAAUGGCUCAUUCACACAGCGCUUCUCCAUUAGAAUUCAGCUCCUGGAACAUUCUGGAUUCUGUCUUGAUGCUGAGAGGCGGUGCUCGUGCUAAGGGGCCGUAUCCCUCAGAACCAUGCACUUGCUCCCGUGGCCUUAAUCACUGUGAAUGUCAGCGAGUCUCAGUGCAAUGCUGUGUGUGAGUUUGGGCCAGCGGGCUCAAUGGCAAGGGACUGACUGAGUCACUGACAGGAGAGACUGAGAAAGUGAUACAAUGUUUGAGUGGAGUGAGAAUGAGAAAAUGCCUGAGAGAGUUACAGAGCAGAGUGAUAGAGUGAGAAAGUGACUGAGGAGAUUGAAAGAGUGAUACAGAGUGAAUGAGUAGUGAUACAAUGACAUAGCAGAGUGAGAAAGAGGCACAAAGAAUGUGGCAUAGGAGAGUGGAAGACUUCUAGAGGGACUGAGUGGAGUAAGAGAAUGAGUGUGAGAGUAUUUUUUAAAUAGAAUAGUUUAUACACUAAUAAAGGUCUGCUGAUGUAUUUCUCAGAAAUGUAAUGUCCUUUGUGCACAUAACAUCAGUAGUCUCUUAAUAUCUGUGAUCCACGUCCAUUCCUAACGGAAUUAUUUUUUUACUGACCGCUAGUCAAU